AGGAGGGCCCGUGCGUAUUUACGCUCAGUGUGUGUGCAUGUGUCAGGGCAGAGUUGGAGAGUCCGCGGCGCGCUGACAGGACAGCGUCGCUUGUCUACGAGCGGGACUCGGCAGCGGGUGAUAAGCCUGCAGAGAGGAGGAAGAACCGCCCGAGAGCUCUUCCUUUGGUUUUUAUUUGACCGCCGCUCCACGCGCUCUCUCGACUGGCGCAUCUGAGAAGGAAAGCAAACAAGUUGAUUAAGAAGAAGGGUGCGAUUCAGCCCGAGCAGAGUUUUGAUCGUAUUUUUAGCAUCCCUCUUUUCCCCUCUCCCCGUCCCUUCUGAGUGCGGAGUGGCAGAGGGAGGGACGGGAGAACCGGGCGGACGGACGGUGAAGCUGCGCGCCUCCCCGGUGGAUGUUCCACUGGAUGCGGGACGAUGGAUUAACAGCCCUAUCCGGAGCCUGCCGCUGCUUCUUUUUCACCACCGACCCCCUGAGCACCUCGGGAUUAUUUCAGCUCUCACCGACCUCCCCUCCCUCCUUCUCGAGAUGACCGAGGAAUAUGUUUUGCGGUGCGUCCUGAUGCUCUGCUGUGCGCUCCUCUCGGCCAACGCGAGUAACUGGCUGUACCUGGCCAAGCUGUCGUCGGUGGGAAGUAUCAGGGAUGAGGAGACGUGCGAGAGGUUACGAGGCCUCAUCCAGAGACAGGUUCAGAUCUGUAAGCGCAGUGUGGAGGUGAUGGAUGCCGUGCGCCGUGGAGCCCAGCUGGCCAUAGACGAGUGUCAGUUCCAGUUUCGCAACCGCCGAUGGAACUGCUCCACUCUGGAGACCAUGCCUGUGUUUGGCAAAGUGGUCACCCAGGGCACCCGUGAGGCAGCCUUUGUGUAUGCCAUCUCAGCAGCCAGUGUGGCAUUUGCGGUCACAAGGGCCUGCAGCAGCGGAGAGCUGGAAAAAUGUGGCUGUGACCACAAUGUACAUGGAGUCAGCCCAGAGGGGUUCCAGUGGUCGGGCUGCAGUGAUAACAUUGCGUAUGGAGUGGCAUUUUCUCAGUCCUUCGUGGAUGUGAGGGAGAGGAGUAAAGGCCAGUCCUCCAGCCGGGCUCUCAUGAAUCUGCACAACAACGAGGCUGGCAGAAAGGCCAUCCUGUCCCACAUGCGUGUGGAGUGCAAAUGUCAUGGCGUGUCAGGUUCCUGUGAGGUAAAGACCUGCUGGAAAGCCAUGCCGCCCUUCCGCAAGGUGGGCAACGUCAUCAAGGAGAAGUUCGAUGGCGCCACUGAGGUGGAGCAGCGCAAGGUUGGCACCACCAAAGUCCUGGUGCCUCGAAACUCCCAGUUCAAACCUCACACAGAUGAAGAUCUGGUCUACCUGGACCCCAGUCCAGAUUUCUGCGAGUAUGACCCUCGCACGCCGGGUAUGCUGGGUACGGUGGGCCGCCAGUGUAACAGAACCUCAAAGGCCAUCGAUGGCUGCGAGCUGAUGUGCUGUGGCCGUGGCUUCCAGACACAGGAAGUUGAGGUGGUGGACAGGUGCAGCUGUAAGUUCCACUGGUGCUGUUAUGUCAAAUGCAAACAGUGCCGCAAAAUGGUAGAGAUGCACACUUGCCGGUGAUGAGAGUGGGGGUUACAGAGGGCACUGCUGAUGAACAAAACAAACGCCCCACAGCUCCUACUCCAGGAGCAAGGAGGACUGGUGAAGCUCCAUCUUCUCCUGCUUGAAACCACCCCACCCCUCCUACUACUGGUCAACGGGAACAGACUGAGUGGCUGAGAGGUCAAAUGUCAUCCUAUUCAUUUUAUGCCACCGUAAUGGAUAUCAAUAGUUAAUGCAUGGGAUUUCCUACAAAGCUACAGAGGCAGUUUGCUUCUUCUCAAGUAGAGAGCAUCUUUCACUUUCUGUCUCCCUCCCUCACUCUCAUAUCUGCUUUGUCAUUGAUGCUUCUCAUUUUUGUAAUGUUUAACUUAUUUGUUGAGACUGAGGAGAUUGACAGUGGGUGGACCUAGAAGGAGGGGACAGACGCGUGGAGAUAAUAAGGGACACACGAACUGGAACCA